UCCACCAGUGCAACUUGGGGGGGGGGGAGUGGAGGCGCUUGUGGUUGGUGUGUGUGGUGGGGGGGUCCCUUAUUAUGAAGGGGGUCCCUUAUUAUGAAGGGGGUCCCUUAUUAUGAAGGGGGUCCCUUAAACCGCGGGGACGUUCACCCGCCCACUGCAUCGCCCCCGAACGGGGAAGGGACUUUUAUUUCUGCAAAGGCUCCGCCCGGUGAAGGCGGCUCAUGGCGUUGGCACGGGACCGGGCACGGCAAGGCUCGCAGGGCCCGGAGCACAGCUGGACUGAUGACCUCCCGGCAUGCCACCUCUCUGGAGUCGGGGUCAUUCCCAACCGCGUGUACGGGGCCGACGGCGCUGCGAGGGAGACGCAUCCUUACCAGGACUGCAGCCUUCGGCUCAGGAGCGAGGAGUGCUGUCUGUAUGGCGUGUGCCGUGGCUUUGAGGGCGCCCGCGUCUCGGCAUUUGUGUCUCAGCGACUGGCGGCCGAGCUGCUACUGGGACAGCUGAGUUCCAGCGACUCCGACUCCAAGGUGAAGACGGUGCUGCUGCAGGCGUUCGAUGUGGUCGAGCGGAGCUACUUUGAGUCGAUUGACGACAGCCUGGCAGAGAGGGCUGACCUGCAGUCACGGCUGCCUGAGGGUCUCAGCUCGUUCCAGGCAGCGCAGCAGUACCCGCAGCUGGUGGAGCGGCUGGCGGCGGUGGAGCGCGAGGUGGCGGGCGGCGCCACGGCCGUGGUGGCGUUAAUCCUCAACGGCAAGCUGUACAUCGCCAAUGUUGGUACCAACCGGGCUCUGCUGUGCCGCUUGGCAGGAGAUUCCACACUGCAGGUGACACAGCUGAGCAUGGACCACCACGCACAGAAUGAGGCGGAGCUGCAACGGCUCGCCCAGCUAGGCCUGGAUGUCGAUCGUAUCCGUCGCGAGGGGCGACUGGGACACCUGGACAGCGCGCGGUGCAUCGGAGACUACAGGAUCAAGCUCGGUUAUAAGGACAUCGAGGUGCUCAGCGCGGCAACAUCGGAGCCAGUGACGGCAGAGCCUGAGAUUCAUGGCGGCACGUCGCUCGACGCCACCGUGGGCUUCCUGUUGCUCGUGUCGGAUGGGCUGUAUCGCGCGCUUGACGCCACGCUCGGCCCGGGCCACGCCAACCAGGAGCUGGCGCUGAUGGUGGCGCGUGAGCUGGGCGCACGCACCUCGGUGGACGUGGCGGCUCAGGCUGUAGUGAAGCGCGUGGCCCGGCUUCACCAGGAGGCGUGGGCGAGCCACGGGGAGCGAGCGCACGCUUGCGAGCAUCACGACGACAUGACGCUGCUCGUGCGCAACCUCGGCUUCCCGCUCGGCGGCGCUGGUGGGGCCGGCGCUGUCACCGGCGCUGCCGCGGCUGUGGCCACGGCACUGGGCACGGGGAGCCCUGGUGUUGGUGCUACGGUGAACCCACUGUCGCCAGGUACCCGCGUGUACCCAGUCUCCGUGCCGUACAGCAGCACCGCCCACGACGCCGCAGCCGCCACCGCCACCGCCGCAGCCGCCGCUGCCGCCGCCGCCGCAGCCGCCACGGGCAAAACGAGCGUAACGCUGUCGCUCGUCAUGCCAUCGCAGGGGCAGCUCGUUAACGGGAGCGCUGGGGGGGCGGGGGGUCUGGCCGGCGGCGUUGUCGCGGGCGGAGCCUUGGCGGCAGCCGAUGUCAGCACCGAGGGCUCCGGCAGCGACGACCUCACGCACGGCACGCUCACCAACAGCCCCCACACGACUCUGCGCUCGGGCGGCAGCACCACCCGCACGCGCAGCUCCAGCUCCAGCUCUGGGGGCGAGGGGACGCUGUUCCAGCGGCCGCGCGCCUCCCUCGCGGCGCCCCCGGACCUGGACGGGCGCGUGGAGCCCUACGUGGACUUCUCCAACUUCUACCGACUGUGGGGCGCUGAGCACGCGGACAGCGCCACCCCGCUCGCCACUCCCACCCCCUGAGAAAGCUCUUGCCCACCACCACCACCUCCCACCACCCCACCCUCACCCCACCCUCACACCCCUCACCUCACCCCUCACCCCACCCCCCUCACCCCACCCUCCUCACCCCACGCUCACCCCACCACCACCCACCUCCCCCCCCCUCACCCUACCCCACCCACCCCAGGCGGCGGGGGAGGGCAGUUCAGAAUCAGAAUAUUUAUUGACACUGGAUGAAUAUCAGGUGAGCCGUGAAGCUGUUUUCCCACAGUUGUCCAGUAGGUGGCGGGUGAGAACGUUACGGUAACAAACAAAACAAAAACACGAUAGGGUGUAAAAGUAUAGGAAAGGUAAACAAAUCACUGAACAAAAAUAUACAAAUAUAACUUUUUUAUUUUACCACGUAAAGCCCACCGAGCUAUUAGUUUUUUUCCCGAAGCGACCUGGUUAUCACACAUUAUAGUUGUUGGGGGGGGGGGGUUACACCCAGAGUAUCACGGGUGAGCCGUGAAACCUUGGCGAGGUCCCCGGGGAACGCUUAAGCCUGGCCUAGCAAGACUGCCCCACGUAGACCCCUCUUUUGGUUUAGCACUUGCUUCAUCAACCUCAAAGGGAUGGGUGAUAGGACUGUUGUAAAAACCCAGCCGCGAUUUAGACUCCCACACGUCUGAUUACAAGGACAAAACACUCUGCUACGGACACAAGCCGUGCCAAGCAGGGCUGUCAGUGCCACCAGAGCGAGUGGUAGUUGGGGGGAGGGGGGGCAAAUCACCCGAUUUCACCCCUCCCCCGCAACCCCCCCCCCCCCCCCCCCCAUGGAUAGAGGUCAGAAACCAAUUGAGUUCGAUUCUGCAGUAAAACAGCUACAGGCACUCGUGAAAUUUAACCGCUCGUUAGGUCUCGUGUGGUGGAGUCUCGUGUCGGCACGCCCACCUCUUAAAAAAAAUGCCUGGCCAUCAUGGAAGAGUAGGCCAUGUGUAAUAAGCGUCUCCGACACAGGUUAACUUCAGUUGUAUUUAUUCUUAAGUUGCGGUACAGCACGCGUCUCUGCCUCUCUCUCUAUCGCGACCUGCUUCUCUCCCCUCCCCGCUGCCGGCUGACCGCGUGUCGGAGAGAGGAGAGGCUCUGCUGGUGGAGUCCGCCACGUGGCUGAUGGAGCGCAGCGGUGAUGACGUUCAAGCCCAGGCUCUUCACACCGACGACCUCGAGUCCUCGAUUGCUUCGGCUUAUAUCAGAGGUCGCAAACGGGUUUUGAUUCCUUACCCGUAACCGUACCCGGCCGCACCAGGGUCGCAAACGGGUACCCGUACCCGGCCGGGUAGCCGGCUAGUGUACGGGUAUCGGGUACCCGUACCCGGCCGCGUAGCCGGCUAGUGUACGGGUAUCGGGUUGCGACCUCUGGCUUAUAUCCCUCUCGGUGGACUAAGCCCCGCCUCUAGCCACGCCCCUCUCGGAACCUUCCAGAGGGCUCUCCAGGCUUCCCCGCUAGCUCCGCCCAUUUACCUUUCACCCAGAUGGAAUCCCUCUCACUGAUUGGAUGUGAGACAACGUAACACGUACCUGCAAUAACCACCCGGUCGUCCUGUAGGUGGCGCACUCUCAUUACACACGUACACUCGAAAGGGGCACUUUUGAGCUCAUAAAGAUCCUUCUUGGUCGCAGUCGUGUGAGCAAGGAAUUGCAGGUCUGCGCCCUUUAGUAGUAAAGUAGUACGUCACAAACUUGAACAUACUGUCGAUGCCUCUGGUUAAAAAUGGCGUCUGGACGCUGCAGCCUAAGGGAUGUGUAAAAAUACAAUCGCUUGUAAUCUGGUAAAACUUAAGCCGUCGCGUGCUUUAUUUCCUCGACUAUCGCUCCUCCAUGCAGCAGAAGCUGAUCCUCUUAAGUUAAAGCAGUGAUGGUCAAUACACCAAGCACUGUGCUGCUUUUUGGUGGAUCUCAACGGGCUCUGCGAUCCACCAGAAAGCUUUGACCAAAAUUUACCACUCUAUUAACAUAAAGUACCAGCGAUAUCAUGUAGGUGUGAACUUUUUUAAACGUAUGUUUUAGUUGGGGAUUUUUAUUUGCAAUCAGCUGUCUGCUUGUGGGAGUGUUUUAAUUUUGUGUUUAGAUCCACAAAAAAUAUUUUACGAUCCACGUAUUGGACACCGCUGAGUUGGAGAAUCAUUUUUUACGAUUAAACCUUUCCCAUUCUGAUGACGUAUGUGUACGUCAUCGGUUUUUCUUCCGAUUCCAUUCCGAUAAUGUGCGUUUACCGCAUCGGAACGGAAUCCAUGCCAAUUGGAAUCGAAUCUACUUCGAACGGAAUUGGAACUGAUUUUGAUUGGAUCCGAAUCGAUUUCGAAAGGAAUUGGAAGUAAAACUACUGUGGGAGGGCAUGUGGCACAGUUUAGCGCUAGCUAUCACAGAGAGUGCGGUCGUGUCACUACAGUUCUCUGUCGAGAGAAGAGUACAUUGUCUUUAAAAACAGCAGCGCUCCGCCUCUAAAUAAAAUUUACCGCUUGCGCGUUUCGAGAUUCAGCAGUGAACAGGACCCACCCUGCAACUUGCAGGCAUCUCGGAACGGGAAAGGGUUGAGAAAAGUGGGCUGGGGCAGGACGCGUCGCUCGAUGCAAAUAUGGCAGAUGGUCGAAAACUACGGACAAACUGUCAGCCAAAGGGGAAAAAAGUUCCUGAGAGGACGUCCACGUACAAUUGACACUUGAGAAGAUGGAGCAAUGAAUUCGGCUCUUGUAGAAAUACUGGAUUAAGUAGUCGAUCAUUAAUGGCAGUGGCCUUUAACCAGCAGCCGAUAGCUGAUGCCUGAUGAAGCUUUGCAGCGUCGUCUCAACAACACCCUAACCACACACCCCACCCCAGUGUGUGUCCCCCCCUCUCCGCACUGAAAUUGUUGCAAAUGGUUUAAUUUUCACCCCUGCUCAGCCAAUUGUAACAUCGCAGCACCGCCUAUGAACGGACACUGCCUCAAUAAAUUGCCCAGUGUCUUUUAUUGAACCAUAUCGGAGUCCUUUGCGAUUUUUGUUUCGUCUCACAAUGGAGAUAUGGAAAACCUUGUGUGAUGUAAUUGUAAAAUACAGCUCGGCUUUGCAACUCCUGUUUUUCCAGCCACGUAAUAUUUGAACGAAGCCUUGAAUGCGUCCAAUCUCAUCAGAUCUCCGAAGUUGAGCAGAAUUCAGCCUGUGUCGUGCUUGCAACGGGCGCAUCGCUGCGCUGAAGCAGGCAGCAUCGGCUGCUGCGUGGCAACUUGGAAGGCAAUGCAGAAAAAGUCAAUAACGUGCAGCAGAAUCCUUGUCCAUCGCGUUGGAGGUGACGUUCUUGAAAAUAGCUGCAAUCGGCAACUCCCGUGAUCCGCAAACUUAAAAAGGCAAAUCGAAAAACGCGAGGGGGUUUGGUUCAUGGUCAACUGCGAAUGGUGAACUAUACAUCAAUAACUAUACAUCAAUAACUAUACAUCAAUAACUGUACAUCAAUAACUGUACAUCAAUAACUAUACAUCAAUAACUAUACAUCAAUAACUA